GCGGAGUUCAUCCGAAAAGAGUGAAACGUGCUGCAAAAAAUUCAAAUAACGAAACGAAAACCAAAACCAAAAAUCAGGGAAAAAGCUGCGAGUCGACAGGCAAAAAGAGCCAGAAGGAGCGGAGAAAGAAAAACCCAAAAACCGAAACGAAAUUUGCUUUUCGGGUUUUUAAGUAAAUUAAGCAGAACGUUUUUUGAGGUUCCCUCUCUGUCGACGACACAGAAACUUAUUUCAUGGGUUUUGUAAACUCACCGAGCCCAUGGACUAGGCAGGCAGCGAAGUCGUCCAUCUGCUUAGCUAAAAGGCGGCUUAGGGCCCACCAACGGGGUUACAUCUUGUACAAACUGGGCUCUUAAAGGAAUGGCACAAUCAUGGGCAGGUUUCGCAAAGCUUUUCGGAGAUUGUGUGGAGAUAUGACGAUUAGAUAAUGAAGAUUUAAUAAUGAAGAAGAAGAUAAACUCCUUGCCUCAACGGAAAAGUUUUACUAAGUAAGGAAGCACUCUGUUCCUCCAGUGACUUUGGGCGUUGAGCUUCUUGGGCUCUCGGCCACGGUUGUCCCCACCUGCUUCGCCCCUUCUUCUUUUACCUGGUCGCCGCCUCUGUCGCUCCGAGCCCCCCUCUCACUCCCCCGUGGGGUCCGAGCAGGUCUAUUAGGCUGAUUGCCUUUCCGUCUCUUUUCGAGCUGUUGUGCUGCUCCGCCUGGCUUUCGGCCAGACGAUGAUGCGGUUCACUUGCCGACUGCAUCAUUAAAUUAUUAUUGCGGACGGCUAUUUUCCAGAGAGCUGCAAAGCCACAAAAAUUGGAAAUCGCGUGUCUAAUGCUCCAUUCGAGAUGCCCGGCGGCUCUUGGCUGCCGGCCUUCUCCGCUCCUCCACUGCUCCUCUUCUCCUGCUCGGCCUAAUGUGGCUUAAUUAUACAAUAACAAUAUUGUUUGCCAGCAAACAAAGAGACCGGGCCGGCCAUCCGGGCCACAAGUCCCCUGGUGAUCUGUUCAUCGGCCGUCAAAAGCAGAAGGAGAUUCUCUUUCCUGAGAAAACGUUUCUCGAUAAUUUGAUGCAGCUUUUUGCUCCCCAGACUUCUUCGGUUUUUUAGGUUGGGUCCUUGUUUUUUCUUGCCCUGCGCAGACUGGUUGAAAAUUCCUCAAACUCAUAAAUGUUGAUGCGUCUGGUUCGUCAUCCAUGUCGGCAUUUCUGGUGCGAAGGGCCAUGGGCUGGAGUGCACUCAGGGUUAGAAGGGGGAUCCAGGAGCUAAUCUAAGCCUUUUUUGUCAAACAUGUAAUUUAGCGAAGCUUUAAAAACUUCAAAUAUCAAUUGCCUUUGCCUUCCGCGCGCUCCCUUGGCUGGAAUAAUAUCCAACCAGCUGAAGUCGAGCCGGGAUGAUAGAUUAGAUUGCAUGACUGGUAACUGACGAGUAAAUGCCAUCGACAACUGCAAAUGGAGUGAGCUCGUUCACGAGGAAGUGGCAUCGGUUUUCCAAGUGCGAAGUCUGACGCAAGUCUUCACCCCAAACACAGAGUGUAGUUAGAUUAAUUAUUAAUUAUUAAUUAGGGAAAAUAAACAACUACAGCACAGUGUGCGUCUUGACAAGAUUUUAACUUAAAACUGGUGAUAAAUCUCCACCAUCAACUAGCUUACAUAAACGCUGAUCAAGAGCACCAACCCCUGAUGAAAAUCAGAAAGCAGCACAAGUCAUCAUUUUGCAAGUGCAGCUUAUUUAAUAUCAGACAUUAUCCGGCGCAAACAAACUACAAUUGCGCCGUUCAACUGUUGCAAAUAGCAAACAUUUGUUCAAGUAGCUAAUUAUUUGAUGCUGCUGGCGUGUCGGCGAAACAACAAAGGAGGACGAGAUUUUAUGGGAUUCGUAUGAGAUAAAAUUCAGAAACAAGAAGAAGUUCAACAGAAUCAGUGGAGGGAUCGAAAAAAUAAAAUUGUUUAUGGUUGGAGGAAAAUCACCUUAAUCAAUUGAUUUAAAGUUCUGGGUACAAGUGAAGGAAGCUCAAAGACAGUUCGCAGACACUUUAGAAGCCACUUCGAUUGCCAAACUGCUGCCCCUCAUAGAAUCCGGAUGCUCGCGACGCGCCCGAUUCCUGCUCUGCUCGUCGCUGUUUCCGCUCUGUACACCGGAUGUGCCGCGCCCUGUCACCGCCUGCAAGUCACUGUGCGAAACCGUAAGGGGCGAGUGCGCGGGGAUCGCCCCGCCGGAACUGAUGGACCUGUGGCCCUCGUUCCUCCACUGCGACGGGCUGCCGCAGCCAGAGAAGCACGAGCUGUGCAUGCAGAUUCCCCAGAAGGAUGUCGUCCCUGGUGGGGGUGCAGUGAGUCCGCCCACUACUGGAGCGCCCUUCGUCGAGGAUCACCCGCAGACGUACCGCUUCUGGAAGAGCGGACCGCCGCUAGCUCCCGACCUGAGCGGCGUCCUGUGCCCGCAGAACUUCAGCGGCAGUCCCUUCAACCCGGAGGAGUGCGUGCCACAGUGCCAGAGGGACGCCUUUCACACGAGUGCCCAGAAGAAGAUGUCGGAAGUGCUGGUCCUGGGCCUCUCGGCCGUCUGCUUCGUCCUGACCCUGUUCGCCCUGGUCACCUUCUGGGCGGAGCCCACCCGGUUCGGCUACCCAGAGAGACCAGUGCUCUUCCUGUGCCUGUGCUACAACCUGUUCAGCGUUUGCUACCUGGAGCGGAUCGUGUUCCACAACCAGGCGCGGAUGCAGGACGUCCAGGUGCAGGGGCGUCCGAUGCGCUCGGCCUGCCCGCUGACGCCCCCCUGCUUGGCCUCGUACAUAACCACCUCCUACCUGAGUCUGUGUGCAGCCAGCUGGUGGCUCAUCUUUGCCCUGUGCUUCUAUCUCUCCUCCCACAAAAAGUGGUCCAGCGAGGCGCUGGAGAAGCGAUCCGGCCUGUUUCACGUCCUUGCCUGGGUGCCGCCCCUGGCCCCGCCCAUCGCCGCCCUGCUCCUGGAAAAGGUACGCCCGAGUGAGCUGACCGGAAUGUGCUACGCCCCGGGCUUCGUGGAGCUGCCUGCUCUGGUCCUACUCCUCCUGGGGCUCUACUUCACCCUGAAGGCUUCCAGGUCGCUGCUCUCCCUGCAGCAGCAGCUGCAGCCCACACUGGCCCACCACCGGUUCGGGCAAAUCAGGAAGCGCUUCGUGGUAUUCUCCCUGCUGUACUUCGCGCCCACGGCCGCCGGCGUGGUGGCGGCUCUCUGCGAGCGGUACGCGGACUCGGUGCCCAGCUGCUCCACACCCGAGGACUGCCUCUCACCCACCCCGCUAAGUGCCUGGCCGGCCUUGGUGCGGGUGUUCUUCCAGCUGGUGGGGGGAACUCUGACGGGACUGUGGGUGUGGUCGCGCAAGACCUGCGAGAGUUACAAAAAUCGCCUGGGGGCCAGCGGCACGCCCACCUCCUCGAUAAUUAACCAAAGCAAGACGGCCGGGGCUCUGCCCAAAAAGCAUUUGUACACGAGCGGGAAGUCCAUGCUGCCCAGUGGGGGAAUCACUCCCCUUUACGCCGGCAUUAGUUUCCACAAUGUGCCCGUCUACAAUCCCAAUCAGUCGGUGGUCUAGGGCUAGCAGAAUCCCCCUCCCUCGCUGUAGAUUGAAAAGCAUCCCUCCAUCAGCAGCUAAUCCGCUCAACCGCCCGCUUCAUUCCCAGAAUUCUAGAAGGCUAAAAGCUCUGAUCUAAGUACAGUGUUGUACGCCUAGUUCGUAAGCCUCGAAAACGAAAACUGAAAUGUGUUAAUAGUUUUAUAUCAUGCCCCGUCCCCAACCACCCAUCUCCAGUUUUUAUUAGUAGUUCUUUAGCUAAUCCUAAGUUUGUAAAUAGAAAAAUGUUUUAUUACUCUUUGAAAUAUUGUGCAUACCUAGUUUUAAGACUACCAAUUAAAUUUCAUAGCCUAAUAAGAAAUGUAUACAACAUUUAAAUUAAAUGAAGAUGGAUGAAUGGUGUGAGUAAAAGUGCGUGGACUGCCCUUUAUUUAAUAAUUUAA